AGUAGCGGGCAGGGGAGAUGUUAGCAGACCCAACAAGUGCCUGGUGAGGUUUCCGAGGUGAUCGAUGUAGCGUGUGUCUCCCGAGGUUGCGACUGGCAGGUUCAGACACUCGGUGAAAGGUACCAGGGGGUGAUACAUCUUGCCGGCCCCUCAGUAAGCAAGAAGGAAGAGCUUUCGAUCACUACCGCCACCACCACCGACCACCACCGCCAGCAUGAAUCACUACCUCAGCAGACAAAUAACCACCACCACCACCUGCCUGCUGCCUCUCCUGCUACUACUGCUGGCGACUGGGACUCCUCACAAAGUCACCGCCAGACGUAUCAAGAACAACGAAGUGCUGGGGUGCAACGAGGUAAUGGAGGCGUGGCGGGGCAGGGACGGCCACUGGUUGGGUAUGAACGGCUCCCUCAUCAGCCCUAACUUUCCCAUGCCUUACCCGUCCCGCCUACAGUGCCGCGUGGAUCUGAAGGCGCCGCAGCAACACCGCAUCAGGCUCCACUUCACCCACUUCUACCUCUACCAUCCGCUCAACUCCUCCCACAGAAACUGUGAGGUGAUGGACUCCCUGACGGUGAGCGAGAGUCCCACAAGCAGGCUGGGAACUUUCUGCGGCGUCGGGAAACCCCUGCCCAUCAUGUCUUCGGGGUCCUUCCUCAGCCUCGUCUUCAGAAGCUUGACCUCUGGGCCCCACGUCACUGGUUACCGGGCCAUCUACACUUUUCUCAGAGACUUCGGGUUGACGUCAGGCCACCAACUGCUCCACCACCCCUGCACCUUUGAGUUCAAUUCCACUUUGUACCCGAGCGGGGAGAUCCACAGCCCCAACCCAGGAGGCAAGUACCCGAGGAACACUGUCUGCCACUACGUCUUCCACGGCCGCAGCGAUCAGAGGGUCAGGCUGGACUUUAAGUUCCUGGACGUGGAGGGGGUGGCGCCGUGCUCGUUAGACAGCGACAGCGACUUCGUGGAGUUCAGCAGUCAACCGGGGGAGCAUGAGUACGUACUGCCGCGUAGGUGUGGACGCUUCGCCCCUAAGGCAGUGGAGUCCGAGGGGUCUUUCCUGCGGGUGACCUUCAGGAGCAACCACAAAUACGAGGGCCUGGGGUUCGCAGCUUCCUUCAGGUUCUUUACUGCCAAGAACAAGAAGACCCCCGGCCACAUGCAGCCUCUGUCCGUGGCCGCGUCAGGUAGCGGCGGCGUGUGGUGGUGGCGGCAUGACAGGUGGUUGGCGGAGACUGUAGCGAGAGUGUGUGGGGUUUUCCUCCUUCUGCGCCUUCUGUAGCGUUGGUUUUAUCAUUAUUAUUAUUACUAUUAUCACUAUUAUUAUUGGUAUUAUUGUUAUCAUUAUAGUGGUAAGUGUGUGUCCAUGUAUUAUAGUGUGAAUAAUAAAAGAUAUAUAUUUA